GCGUCGCUUACGGUCGGGCGAUGCGCGCAGGCCUCCUCCCUCCGAAUGAGUUAUUUUGUUCUGUCUUCAGCGCUCGAUGCUGUAAGAAGUGUCCCGAGCAUCAAGUUUGCUUCGACCAUGAAGGCCGUGGGCUUUGUUGGCAGCUGGCUGGGCUCCCUCACAGCUUUUGGAACUGGGAUCGCCUCCGGGUUGCAAUCAAACUAUCUUUGGGGACGGCAUGAUAGGCGAACAAAGAAGGGCAAGAUUCAUAUUGGAAGUUAUGGAGUGUGUAGAAGAAGAAAGCCAGAACCAGGGCCAUACUCUCGGGAUUUCAACGGGUAUGACUUCUCAAAGACUCCUCCGAAUCGUGCAAAACCUCCUAGGAAUGACCAAUAGAACCAGCCUCAAAUGAUUCAACCAAGAGGUUUGGGAAUAAAAGAAAUUAGCAGAU